AUGCCGCGCGUCAAGCCCGCCUGCGUCCGCCGCGUCUCCAUCGGUGAAAGUUCCGGCUCGUGUUCGGAAGAAGAAAUAAACAAUGUCUUACCUGAGGAGGCGCGAGACCGACCUGAUGCACAUAUGUGCCCACGAUGUCAAGAACAAUUCGAAAACCUACACGACUUCUUGUAUCACAAAAGGCUUUGUGAUGAGAAGGCAAUACAAAUGGGUGAAGAGAGAAUGCACUCUGAUCCAGAGGAAAUGGUUGUUUCGGGAGACGAAGAGAUGGAUGGGCCUAACAAACGCUUAGACCAAGUACGGAGGCAUAGACAGGACGCCGAAAAUAAUAACAGCCUUGAAGAAGGCGAGGCGGAAGUACCGGAAGCUGAUGUACCACCAGUGGGACUACCCUUCCCUGUCGCCGGCCAUGUAACGCUUGAGGCGCUACAAAAUACAAAAGUAGCCGUAGCUCAGUUCGCUGCAACGGCCAUGGCCAAUAACGCAGAUAACGAAGCGGCCCUGCACGAGCUAGCUGUCUUACAGAGCACGUUGUUCACGCUGCAGCAUCAGCAAGUGUUCCAGCUGCAAUUGAUUCGCCAACUACAAAAUCAACUGUCACUGACGCGACGAAAAGAUGAACAGAAUCAAAGUCCACCGCCUAAUGAACCUGAGUUAAUCGCACCUGCGCCGCCGGCUCGAUCACCGUCACCGCUUCGUCCGCCACGGGAGCCAUCUCCUCCUAUACCCACUCCCCCUUCAAGCCAAAACUUGCCGUCAAACCAUGGACAUAUAACGCCCAAAUCGGAACCAAUUACCAUUCCCAAACUCCCAACCUCGUCACCACCAAUGAUGACUCAUCCACCCUACAGCUCCAUAUCGUCAUCGUUGGCAUCUUCCAUUAUUACAAACAAUGAUCCACCGCCGUCCUUAAAUGAACCAAACACUCUCGAAAUGCUGCAGAAACGAGCACAAGAAGUACUCGAUAACGCUUCACAAGGCUUAUUAGCCAACAACCUUGCCGAUGAGCUCGCUUUUCGUAAGUCCGGAAAGAUGUCACCGUAUGAUGGAAAAUCUGGAGGGAGAAACGAACCUUUCUUCAAACAUCGCUGCCGAUACUGUGGAAAAGUUUUUGGUAGCGACUCUGCACUGCAAAUCCACAUUCGAUCGCACACAGGUGAAAGGCCUUUUAAGUGUAAUGUUUGUGGAUCUCGAUUUACAACCAAAGGAAAUUUAAAAGUUCAUUUCCAAAGACACACUGCGAAAUUUCCGCACGUGAAAAUGAACCCUAAUCCGAUACCGGAACAUUUGGAUAAAUAUCAUCCUCCGUUAUUAGCACAGUUGUCGCCGGGGCCGAUUCCUGGAAUGCCACCCCAUCCACUACAAUUCCCUCCGGGUGCUCCCGCACCUUUUCCGCCAAGCUUGCCUUUAUAUAGACCACCGCAUCAUGAUCUUCUGCCUCCACGUCCGUUGGGUGACAAGCCUCUUCCACCCCACCCUCUUUUCGCAAUGCGAGAAGAGCAAGACGCUCCUGCUGAUCUUAGUAAACCCUCUGCACCGAGUCCUCCUCGCGCACCAGAUAUGUUCAAAUCUGAACCCCAAGACGAUGAAUGCCAACGUGAAUCCAGUUUUGAGGAUAACGAUCGUGUAUCGCCUAAGCGAGAACCGGAAGAAAAUGACGCUGGUCAGGAUGCUGAACAAGACCAAUAUCCUUCAACUUCACCAUACGAUGAUUGCAGCAUGGAUUCAAAAUACAGCAAUGAAGAUCAUAUUGGCAGAGAAAGUCCACACGUGAAGCCUGAUCCAGAUCAACCGGAAAAUCUCUCAAACCCCACUUUACUACAUCACCAUAUACGGCUUCAUACCAACGAACGCAGCAAUACCGCUUACGAUCAGGCCCGCAACGUCGAAGCGAACUAUUUCCCUCUGUUGAGCAAUUCCUCCGACACGUUUGAGUUCCCCAGCUACCGGCCCAUCCCGCUCUCUCUGUUCCCCACUCCUUCCACUCCCGGCGACCGACGGGCGGACUCCCGCGGGACCGACGACGAGAGCGGCCGGGACGAGCGUGAGCCCGCCGCACGGGGGUUCGACGACGACUCACACAUGAAGGAUCGUCGAACUUCGCCGCUCUCCGUCUGCGCCUCGGCGUCCGAAUGCGAAGUUAAAACCAUCACAACAACGGCUUCCCUCCCAUCGGCGACAGGUUCGGAGAGCGGGCGGAGCGCGCGGGCCACUCCACCGUCACCAUCGCUGUCGACGCUGUCGACGCCGCCGCGGCUGCCCCAGCACUCGCCGCUGCCCUCACCGCCCACGCCCCUCGCAGCGCUCGGUGCUCUCGGCGGAUCGCCCUUCAGCCCACUCGGACUCGCGUUCCCCCCCGCAGUGCGCGGCAACACAACGUGUAACAUCUGCUACAAGACAUUCGCCUGCAACUCGGCUUUGGAGAUCCAUUACCGCAGCCAUACCAAGGAGCGACCGUUUAAAUGCACCGUCUGCGACCGUGGAUUUUCCACCAAGAGCAGUGGCGGCGGUUGCCAGUGCGGUAGACGCGUGCGCGCACCCCGCCCGCCGCACGCCACUGCUUUGGACCUCUGGAACGCCUUCGUCUAUCCGGGGAACAUGAAGCAGCACAUGCUGACGCACAAAAUCCGCGAUAUGCCGCCCGGCUUCGACAAAGGCGGUAGCGGGUCGGGGCCGAACGAGGACCCACGAGAGCCCAGUCCGGACAGACGCUCGUCGCCGGACAAGAUGGACCUGAAGAGGUCCCCGCCGGCUCACCCGCCGCCGCCUAUGACCCACGCGCCGCCGAUCGACAUGCCGCCACUUCCAAAACGGCCGACCGUACCAAGCACUCCGAGUCAUCCGCCGCCGUCUGCGUCCUCGAAGCACUUGUGCGGGGUGUGCCGCAAGAACUUCUCGUCUUCUUCUGCGCUGCAAAUCCACAUGAGGACACACACCGGCGACAAACCAUUCCGCUGCGCAGUCUGCCAGAAGGCGUUCACAACCAAAGGAAACCUGAAGGUGCAUAUGGGCACGCACAUGUGGAGCGGUGGCGCGUCGCGGCGCGGGCGGCGCAUGUCCCUGGAGCUCCCUCCGCGGCCUCUGCACGAGCCGCACGACUUGCUACGGCGACCUGACCUCUUCUACCCGUACCUGCACGCGCCCUUCCUCAACGGCAUGCAGCAGAAGCUGAACGAGAUAUCGGUGAUACAGCAGAGCGCCGGUCAGAACGGCGUCGCCGGCAAGUUCCCGGGUUUGCUCGGCUUCGGUGCAUUCGGUGGUGGACGGCCCGGCGCGGCCUCGCCGCUGGAGAGACCGCCGUCUCUAGAGGGCGGCGAUGAGAGGCAGGCGGCGAUGAGGGAGCUGGCAGAGCGUGGCAGGGAAUUAGCCGAGCGCAGUCGCCAAAUGCGCGAGGAGAGUGAGCACUACCGCUCGCCACCCGCACACGCGCCCCACCAGCCGCCCUCCGCGCAACCCUCCCCACCCACCCCCCACCACCCACACCCGCACCCCCUAGCCUCGCUUCCCCCACCAGCCCGCACCGAGGGCCUUACCGUC